AUGAGCGUGGAUAGUGCCCCGGGUCCGGAUGGGUUUGGCAUGGGAUUCUACCAAUCAUGCUGGGACAUCAUUAAAGUUGAUUUGUUGGCUAGUAUUCAUGAUUACUUCAAGGGAGUGGCGCAGCCCAGGGGCUGGUCUAGUUCUCUACUAGUGUUGUUACCAAAGGUGGAUGGUGCAUCUCAGUGGCAGCAUUUCAGGCCAAUUAGUCUAUGCAAUGUCUCGCCCAAGACCAUUUCCAAGAUCCUGACCAAGAGGUUGAAUACGUUGUUGCCAGCAUUGAUUUCUCCUUGGCAGACGGGGUUUGUCCCUGGUAGAGAGAUUUGCGAUAACAUUCUGCUUGCCCAAGAACUGGUUUUUGACCUAGACCGCCGACUCACUUGCCCCAAUCUGAUUCUUAAAUUGGAUAUGGAGAAGGCAUACGAUCGGGGGCCUCCAUCACCCAGGUGCUUCUAUAUGUCGGCAGGAUCCCGGGUCCCAUAUUUGUCAUUUGCCGACGACAUGAUUAUUUUCAUGAGGAGCUCGGCUGAGCCAUUAUCUGCCAUCCGUCAUUUCUUGACCUCCUACCAAGCUAUGUCAAGGCAGAAAGUGAAUGAGCUCUUCAUCCGGCUGGUGCCCGAUAAGGUCAACAAAACUCUCUCCCUCAUCGACAGCGGCGUUGGCAUGACCAAAGCAGAUUUGGUGAACAAUUUGGGGACAAUUGCAAGGUCUGGUACAAAGGAGUUUAUGGAGGCGUCGCAGGCAGGGGCUGAUGUGAGCAUGAUUGGACAAUUUGGUGUUGGAUUCUGUUCUGCGUACACCACACUUCACCAGAAUUCACCGUCCCGCCUGCAGAUUUUCACCGAGCAAAAUCACGGGGUGCAACAGGCAGGUUGGUGUGUAUCAUUUUCGAUAGACUUCUGGCAAAAGUUCGAGCUCAUCUGUUCCACUGGAGCUCUAAACUGCUCAGCGCAAGGGGUUCGCUCCCCACCAAAGGGGGUGCUGGUGGCUUUAGGUAGAAUAUGCAAUUCCUUUUUAUGGGAUCAAAAUGCUAAUGCACGGCGGCUUCACUGGUGUGCUUGGGAGAAGCUAUGCUUUCCUCUACAGGAAGGGGGCUUAAGGGUCAGGUCGUUUGCUGAGAUGUCGCGAGCCUUUUCAUGUAAGCUCUGGUGGAGGCUGUGGGGGCAUAACUCCAGUUCGGAUGAAUUUAUGCACACAAAGUACAUUCGGAGGGCUCAUCCCGCGAGCGUGGUUGUGGAGCGAGCUCCCUUUCCUUGGCGGCGCUUGAACGAGGUCAGGGGUUUUGUUGAGGGUAACACUAGGUGGUGUUUAGGGGAGGGCAUGCUAGACUUUUGGCUUGAUAUUUGGUGUGGCGACCAACCGCUGGCGUCCCGCUUGGGCUUUCUGGAUCCACCCUAUCUAUUAGUUGGUGAGUUUUAUUCCCUGGAUGGAUGGAAUGUUCCUCGUUUACGGGAAUGGGUACCACAGUCUCUACUUACAGAAAUAUUGGAAAUCCCUUUUGACCCAUCCCAGAAAGAUAGGAGGGUAUGGGGGCUAAGUUCAUCAAGUGAAUUCUCGGUGUCCUCGGCAUGGGAGGCUCUGCGCCAAAAACGGAAUAUCUCCUUAGUGGAUAAAUUUAUUUGGGACCCAGUCAUUCCGGGGAAAAUUUCAUUCUUUUCAUGGCGGCUAGUGUGCAAGUGGGUUCCGAUUGACUGUGUUGUACAGCAAAAAGGGGUUGCUCUGGCGUCCUGUUGUGGUUACUGCCUGCAGGCGUCUGAGUCCUUUAAUCAUGUGUUUCUUACUGGACCAGUUGCGGCAGCUGUCUGGAGGUUGGUCCAGGCCAUAUUCGAGUUAUUCUACCGCUACUUGUCCUCUGGUUCCUCUGGAAGGGUGGUUCGCUGGCUCAAAUCAACGCCGCCUUGUGUGAAGCUCAACACGGAUGAUUGCGUCGCUGUGGGUGGGGCUGCUAGUGGGGGCUUGGUUCGUGAUUCGGAAGGUGAUUUAGUCUUCGCAUUCUACAAGGAGUUUGGAGAGGUGGAUAUGUUGACCGCGGAAGCACUUUCUCUGCAGGUUGGGUUAACACAUUGCCAAGCGCGUGGCGUGCAACAGUUGACGGUCGAGGUGGAUAAUAGGAGCUUGGUCCGGGUAAUUCAGAGAUAUCGUCUUCUGCUUAGGGAAGUGCGGGCAACCGUCCAGUUCAUCUAUAGGGAGGGCAAUUUGCCCGCGGAUGCCCUUGUUGCAGCCCGGUUGGGCUGUGACGGGUACUCUAUAAACAUGUCUCAAACUCAUGCGACAAGUGACCCUUAUGACAUGAAACAUGUUCUUGAAGCAUUAACAGGCGCCAUUGAUCGCAUGGCUCAGAGAAUUGAUACACUGGAGGAUAAGGUGGAGCAAUCAACCCUAGGCAAGAAUGCCUCCAAGAGACAACCAUAA